CCUUGAGAUGUACAUCCUUCCAACAUGAGAGUCAGGAUCAAGCUCCCAGCGCGAUACUGCACUUGAACCGAUGAUAUCUUCCUUGAUCAUUGAUCGAACCCUUUGAAAAUAGACCGAUCUCUUGCUCUUCUUUCAUUACAUCAUAAUGCCUUUCAGCGCCAGACCUGUUGAGCGGUUUGCCCGGGCCACGGCUAAGUGCGGACCAGAGGCUGCGCUGUAUGGCAAAUGCAUUGUGGCUGAUUAUAAUCACGUUCACAAAGACAAGUGCCUCACUCAAUUUUUAAGGCUCAAGGACUGUUAUCUUGUACGUUGGCUACGGUGGCAUCUUUCGGAAGUCUCUGAUGAAAUUGACAUGGCACAGAGCGCUCUGAGGAAAUAAACGACUUAGCGCAUAGAUCACAAGUUACUCGCCUGAGUUUUUGACCACCAGUAUUCGCGCAC